AUGUACGUUCAAACCACUCCAGAGUUCACUUCAAGCGAACAGAGACCGAGGUUGAUGGGAGGUUUUCCUUACUGCUGGCUGUACUGGGAGAUGGAGCGAGCCAGAGCAGAGUGUCAGACGCAGCUGCAGCAGCAGACGCCAGGCGCUGCAGGAUGUGAAGGUGAGUGGAACAACGUUUCUUGUUGGCGCAGCGCCGCUGUCGGGGAAGUGCUGACCCUCCCGUGUCCCCCACCCUUUCUGCUUCUGUUUGGUAAAAAUGGUAACCUGAACAGGAACUGCACUGAGAAAGGCUGGUCGCCGGUUUAUCCCGACGUCGGCGCCGCCUGCUCAUCGGACAUCAGCGACAAACCCAACGAGCUGCUCUUCUACAGAGUGGUCCAGAUCCUGUCCACUCUGGGUCACAGCCUGUCGCUCGUCGCUCUGAUCACCAGCACCGCCAUCAUCUGCUCCUUCAGGAGGCUCCACUGCAUGAGGAACUACAUCCAUCUGAACCUGUUUGUGUCCUUCAUGCUGCGAGCCGUGGCCGUGCUGAUCAAAGACACGCUGCUCUUCUCAGAGGACCAGAGCACCGACUGCAGCACGCAGCUGCCUCUGGUGGGCUGUAAGACCAGCCUGGUUUUCUUCAACUAUUUCGUCAUGGCGAACUUCUUCUGGCUGCUGGUGGAGGGUCUGUACCUGCACAUGCUGCUGCUGGUCAUCCGGACCUGCUGCGUCCGCCUCUCCGUCUGCAUGCUGAUUGGCUGGGGAAUCCCGUCUGUCUUCACCGUGGCCUGGAUCGUCAGCCGGAUCAACCUGGAGGACACCAGAUGCUGGGAGAUCAACGACAACCCAGUUCCUGACCGGCUGAUCAACUGGCCCAUCAUGGCGUCCAUCAUCAUAAACUUCCUGCUGUUCAUCAGCAUCAUUCGAGUCUUGGUGCAGAAACUACGCAGCUCAGACGUCGGAGGAAACGACCAAUCGCAGUACAGGCGGCUGGCCAAGUCCACCCUGCUGCUGAUUCCUCUGUUCGGGGUAAACUACGUGGUUUUCUUCUACCUGAUGGAGCCGGACGAUGAAACGCUGAAGCAGAUCAAGAUCUUCUUCGAGCUCGGCCUCGGCUCCUUCCAGGGCCUCAUCGUCGCCGUCCUCUACUGCUUCCUCAACAGCGAGGUUCAGAUGGAGGUGCGGAGGACAUGGAGGAGUUUAUCCACGAAUCGCGGCGUGUUGCAGGACUACAGUCUUCGCCGCCUGUCAGCAAACCCCAACAUCACUCAGUUUCCCAGAAACACUCGGGCCCAGUCCAUCCUGCAAACCGAAACCACCGUGCUCUGACCAGAACCGGCCGGGUUCUGCCACAGCGCCCCCAGCUGGGGGAGACACCACAUGUCAAACAGAGAGAAACCGACUGAAAAUCAUGGAAGACAAACGAAGAACGUUGUUACGGCCAGGUUUUAUAUUUUUAUAUGAUUUUUCAAGUUUAUGGCUCUUUUGAAUCUCAAUAAAUGAAUAAAAAUGUUUUUUUUUUCGUUGUAAAAUCGACUCACAGUUUGUGCAGAAACGUUUCCACAUGAUUUAUGAUGUGAUGCUUGUCACUGACUGUAUUGUCCAUGUGGUUUCCAACACAUUUUCAGUUUGUAUUUACUAAUAAUUAGACACUGAUAACUAAAUAAAACUUUAUGUUUUCCAGGUUCAUACCAGCUUUGGCCACAAGAUGGCAGUAAAGUCCUGUUACUUUUACAUUUCUUCUGUCAUUAAAGAUUUUAGUGUAAACAUGUUCAAAAUCAUAAUUAUUGACAAAAAUAUAUUUAUUUCAUUUUCAGAAGCAUAAUAUGAGUGA